AUGCCAAAAGAAAAGAAAAAAAAGAAAGAAAAGAAAGAUGAAAAAGAAAGAUUACCUACUCCUGAACAUAUUUUAGAAACAUAUCCAGAACCAGAAAAAUCUGAUGAUGAAUUUGUAAAAGAAAGGUCUAAUAGAUUAAAAAGAAAAAGACAAGCUAAAUAUAUACAUUAUCAAAAAUUAAACCAAAGUAUUGCAGGACCUUCAUCAAGAACUAGAUCUCAAACUUCUAAAGCAUCAUCAGAAACAAGAUCAAAAACAAAAGAAGGUCAAAGAGAUAGACAACGAGCACAUAGAGCUUCUUUAAGAUAUUGUAGCUUAGAUGAAUAUCAAAAAGAGAUUGAGGAUAAUGGUGGGGAUGAUGAUAAUGGAGAUGAUGAUGGGGAUGAUGAUGGAGAUGAUGAUGUGGAUGAUGGUGGGGAUGAUAGUGAUGAUGAUGAUGACAAUGAUAAUGAUGGUGAUGAUAAAAAAAACAUUGAGGGACAUAGUGUAGGGAAAAUAGACAUUGAAUGUGAACAUUGUGGGGCAUUAAGAUGGAAGGAAGAAAAACCAGGACUUUGUUGCAUGAAUGGUAAAGUUAUAUUAGCACCACUUCAAGCAUCACCACCAGAAAUUCUUUAUUUUCUUACAGAAAAAGAUCCAAUAUCUAAAGUACUAUUUGUUGACCAAAUAAGAGCAUAUAAUCAAGCAUUUGCUUUUACAUCAAUUGCUACUGAUUUAGAUUUGAGUGUUGCCAAUGAAAAAAAAGGGGCAUAUUGCUAUAGAAUUCAGGGUAAUCAUUAUCAUCAAAUUAGCUCAGCUUUGCCAAAACAAGAGGGAAUACCAAAAUUUUUCCAAAUAUAUUUUCAUAAUUCUUCAGAUAUUGAAGUACAAAUUAAUAGAAGACAUGAUGUAAUGAAGCAAGCAUUAAACAGAGAUAUGAUAAUUAAUAUCCAAAAUGUAUUAAUGGAUUUAAAUCCUUUUGUAGUUACUUAUAUAUUUGCAGGAAAUGAGGAUCUAAAAGAUUCUCUAUAUUAUAUUUUAAUACAUGGCAAAGAUAUGAGACAAUAUAAUGCACCACUAGCUGAAGAAGUAGCUGCAAUUUGUUUUUCUAAUAAAAAUAUGCAUGUAAGAGAUAUUAUUAUUGUAAGACAUGAUGAUAAAUUAGAAAAAAUAUCUAAAUUACAUAAUGCAUAUAAUCCUUUAGCAUAUCCUUUGAUAUUUCUACAUGGAGAAUAUAGAUUAACAAGUGUUUUGGAAUCUGCAACUAUUAGAAGUUCAUCAAGUAUAAUGAGUCUUGAUAAUGAAAAUAUUCAUGCAGGUGAUAAAAAAUAUUUAGAAAGUAGAUCUUCUGUAAAGAAAGGAGAAAAAAGAGCUAGAGAAGAAACAGAAGAAGUUUAA